CAUCAACCAGAACCACGGUUCUGCUGAACACCGACUCCUCCUUCUCCACCUCCUCUCUUUUCCUCACUCCACCCCAUUCCCCCACCACAAUCUCCACUUUCUUAGGAAUCACCCCUCCUGCUUUCACUUUAAUCCUUACCCACUCACAGGUCUUGAGUUCUGUAGUCGAAUCGUCCGUUCCAAAAAAGCCCCCACAGAGGUCGCCGAUCCCCUCCAUUACACUUGGACACCAUAAGAGGAGCGGCAGUCCAAAUUCCUUAAUCCAGAUCUCCUUCGAAUCAAAGGAGCUUCCCCUUCUCUCCAGAAGAACAUUCGCAGCCGUUGCAUCCCACCAGUCUAACGCCAACCUAUUUUGGCCAAUAAACCAAGGUCCGUUAAGCAGGACCCAUUCCGCCUCCUCCUUCGACGGGAAGCAGCUUCUCUCCUCUUCUCUUCUUUGGUUUGUAGCUCCGAAGCUUGGUCAAGCCCCAGCCGCCACCGCUUUUUUGUAAGAGAAGUUCAAUCGGCGACCAGCAGCCCGACCACCAGAGUUAUACCACAUAUCCGACCCCCACCUUCGAGCGCCACCCCUAGAGACCGGAAACAAUUUUUUUUUCCAGUUGUUAAUGCUAAGUUCUUCACAGCUAGUAAUUGGAUUAAUACCUGCAAGCAAAUAUGCUACCAAGAGGAACUGGAAUUGUCAGAAAGCAUCGCAAGGCAAUACUACAGAGCUUCUUUGGAAAAUUGAUUGGCAGAAAUGGUGUAAUUCAACCCUUCACCUUAUAUUCAACUGGGUCUUUAGAGGCACCAAAGUGCAUUGAGAUGCCGGGGAAGCUUAAAAAAUCUGAACGGAAGCCAUUGGUAACAGCUAUCAAUGAGCUCAAACAUAAAGCAAGAUUGGAAAGGCAAAUGAGGCAGCAGGUGCAUGAGAUUGCUUUACAACCACCCAACAAUGGCUUGCUAGUCAAGAGUUUGGUCCCAAUUGCUCAUGAAGUUUAUGCUGCCAGAGCUGAUCUCUUCAGAUGUGUUUUGAGGAUUAUCGAUAGUGUUCCUGUUCAAUCAUGCAGCAUGUGUGGAGAAGUUCAUGUUGGGUUGGUGCCACAUAAGAUCAGAACAUGCAAUGUUGCUGGGAGCCCAGCUAACAAAGAGCACAGCUGGAAAAGAGGUGGCAUAGAACACAUUCUGCCUCUUGUGGAAUCUUUUCAUCUGUAUGACAGGCUGGGAAGAGCUGUAUCGCAUGAAGAGCGACUCCAAGUCGAUAGGAUUCCGGCAAUUGUAGAAUUAUGUGUGCAGGCAGGUCUAGACAUCCCUGAAUGUCCUACAAGAAGACGAGCCUUCCCUGUUUACAAUGUUGCUGGGAGAAUGAUAGAUUUUGAGAGGAGGUUUCCAAAAGAUGAUAUAUCUGGCAAAGACAUUAAAACAAUUGGAUUUUGGGAGAGGACAAAGAAACAAGGAGUUGAUACAAAGCCUAUGGAUUUGCCUUAUGAUGAUCUAAAAGGAUUUGCUUUACGAGGCAUGGAAGCAUGGGACAAAAUGCGGUCAGGAGCCUUAAAACUGAUGCAGAAAUACACUGUCCAAACUUGUGGAUACUGUCCUGAAGUUCAGGUGGGGCCCAAGGGGCAUAGGGUAAGGCAAUGCCAAGCUUACAAGCACCAGAUGAGGGAUGGGCAGCAUGCAUGGCAGGAGGCAACAAUUGAUGAUUUGAUACCUCCUGUUUACGUUUGGCAUGUUAAGGACACCCACAGUGACAGACCACUUGUGGAUGGUUUGAAGAGGUACUAUGGCAAGUUACCUGCAGCAGUUGAGCUCUUUGCACAAGCCGGGGUUCAUGUGGGAGAGAAUUACACUGGCAUCAUGAGGGAAGAUGUUGCAGUGCCUGAUCUGGAAGAAGAGAAGUGGGUUGUAUGAAGAAAAUCAUUGCUUGCUUAGAUGUGUGAGACCAAACACAUUUUGGUUAUUGAGGGUUAUGUUUUGGUCAUACAAUGUCAGAGAAUCCUGUUAGGAAUUUAUUUUCAUAUACAUGGGUUGAACAGCAGAUGCACCUAAGGACGACCCCCCAACCCCUUUUAAUGGGGGUAAAGGAAAGGCAAGAAAAAAGAGUUAAACGGUUAUUGACUUUUGUGUGCAAUGAGGAGUCGGUGAGUUUAUCUGAGUGAGAUCCUGGCAAACCAAAAGCAUGAGGGGUACUUGAAUUAAUUUUGCUUGUUGGAAUUUAAGCAUUACGGUGUCUGGUGACUUAGCUAUGGUAAUAGGUAUCUGCAAAUCCAGUGGCAGCAUUUCAAUGCUUUCCCACCUCAGUACCUCAUAAGGCCAGCCAGAGUUAGCCACAUCAGCUUGAUGCAAUAAUCUCUUAAGGUCUGACUUCUUAUUUUGUAGCAGAGAUUUUGUUCUUGAUUCAGGUCCUUGGACUAGUGUUGUUGGAAAUUAAGCCCCAUGGUAUGUGGUGACCUAGUUGUGGUAACAGUCAGAAAAUCCAGUGACAAUACCUAUAGGCUUUCCCACCUCCAUCCACUUAAGGGAGAGGCCAGAGUUAUUUCAUCCAGCUCGAAUUUCUCUAUUUAGUGGUUGCUAGGUAGGCCAUUGAGAUGGUAGAUGGGUUAGUCAAGAUUGGGAUGGGCAGGGAGGAUACGUACAGUAAACUUGAUCUGAACAUUCCGGAAGCCUGAUUUAGUCUGUGUGCUGGGUUGAGCUGUAGAUGUGGCUUAGAUUCACGUCACUUCCAAUUCCAUUUUACUUGUGAGUUUUUCUCUUUAACAAAUACUACAUGAAAGAUAUAAAACCUUGUGACUAAUCAUAUGCAAAUAAUGCAUCAAUAUUUAUAUAGAAAUAAGCAAAUGUUAACAAUAUUAUAUAAAACAAGAACAUAGAAWGUCUGUAUACAAAUAAGUAACUAUUUGUGGUUAAGACAGUUUGUAGGCCUGACAUCUCAGCCUGUCCUAGGGCAGGGUUGGGCCUGGGCCGUCUUAAUACUGUUUACCCUAUCCUAGGUCUGGUCCAGCAACUUUGUCAUACCCUAUGGCUGUUCUUCCUCCCUGUAGUGGCUCUCUCUUUCUCUCCAUACAAAAGGAACUAGGGAGAUGGCACUAUUCCCUUCUAAUUGCUUACAUUACUAAUAAAAGGGAGUUUCAGUUUCAGUUCAUAGAAAGGAUAGAGUGCUGGCAGUGACUGGGAAAGCUUAGUGUUUCAUGUUUUCAGCUUCUUUCUUUGUUGAUUUUAAUGGGAUGAAUUUUUCUCAAAUUUGUAAUUGCCGGAAUAAUAUCAUUUUCCCCUUAUUUUGAAGCGUCUGUCUAGCUUGUACAUGAGCUAUGAUGCUUAUAUCUCCUGUUACUUUUCUAUAUAGAGUGCAAUUACCUUUUCUGGAAAUAGUAUUACAAUUGAUACCUUGUGUAUAGAAAAGAUGGAGUCUAUUAUUACCUAUUAACUUAUCUACUUGUGCAUGUCAAACAUAGAUGAACUUAUUGAACUAGAAACUAUCUUUUGGUGUCUGAAAUUUUGCCUUUCCAGAUUUCCCCAGGGUGCGCCAGUUUAGUGUUCCAAGAGAUGCUAAUUGCAUGCAUAUUCUACAUCAGACGUGAUCUGUUGCUCAAAGAGGUUUAAUGAAGACUGGGAUUCGGAUAGAUGGGGUUCUCAUUAUUGGAAUGAAGCCUUUGGCCCAAGUCCAAUGUCAAGCUCCGAUUGAAAGGCUUAACAAUAAAGGCAUCAGAACUCUGAUGUUCAUUUUAAGAUAUAUUUGGAGAAUGUAUCUAUUACUCCACCUAUGCUCUAAGAUAGAUGAACUUAGUUAUGGGGACCAUUUUAUUUUCUUUUUUCCCCAAAUUCUUGAUCAUUUGUAACUUGUGAGAUGCUGCUGCUGAUAAAAAUUGUAAGACAUCCUGCAUUUUCGAAAGGCAAAGAUUGUUGUUUGCCUAAAGAAGUAUUUAUUUGGUUUCUGUUUCUCAGUA